CUUCUCUCUCAUUGUAUCUGUAUCAGAUUUGAAUCGAAGAAAUCUCGAGAUCCCAGCGAGGGAGAUCCUGUUCAAUUUUCGAAGCUUUUGGAUCGUUUCGGAGUCAAAUGCGUACUACCUGAGGAUCUGUUAAUUCUCCAUCGUGUCCAUUGUUCAAACUGAAUUAGAAGAUGCAGAGCCGGGGAUCGAGUAACCGGUUAUCUGGCAUGGUUUUGCGAUCUCGGCUUUCGGCUCUAAUGUUCUCGAUGUUUGCAACAAUAGCUUCAGUUUAUGUGGCAGGCCGACUAUGGCAGGAUGCAGAGAACAGAGUAUACUUAAUUAAAGAGCUUGAUAGGGUAACUGGUCAGGGGCAGUCAGCUAUAUCAGUUGAUGAUACACUGAAAAUUAUUAAUUGCAAGGAACAGCAGAAGAAGUUAUAUGCCCUUGAAAUGGAGCUGGCUGCAGCCAGACAGGAAGGUUUUGUUUCGAAGUAUGUAUCAGAGAGAAAUGGGACUCACUCUAAAAGACGGAUGUUAGCUGUGAUAGGAAUAGCUACGAGGUUUGGCCGCAAGAACAACAGAGAUGCUAUCCGGAGGGCAUGGAUGCACACUGGUACAGCCUUGAAAAAACUGGAAGAUGAGAAGGGCAUUGUUGUUCGAUUUGUAAUAGGGAGAAGUGCAAAUCGUGGAGACAGUUUGGACAGGGGUAUUGACAAUGAAAAUAGGCAGACCAAUGACUUCAUUGUUCUGGAUAAUCAUGUUGAGGCACCUGAAGAGCUUCCAAAGAAGGCAAAAUUAUUCUUUGUUCAUUCUGUAGAUACCUGGGAUGCUGAGUUUUAUGUUAAGGUUAAUGAUGACGUUUAUGUUAAUAUUGAUGCCCUGGGUGCAAUGCUUUCUACUCAUUUGGACAAGCCUCGUGUGUAUAUUGGGUGCAUGAAAUCAGGCGAAGUUUACUCUGAGCCGAGCCACAAAUGGUAUGAACCAGACUGGUGGAAAUUCGGUGAUGGAAAAUCAUACUUCCGUCAUGCUUCUGGUGAGAUAUAUGUUAUAUCUCGUGCAUUGGCUCAGUUUAUUUCGAUAAACAGGUCUAUUCUUCGUACAUAUGCUCAUGAUGAUGUCAGUGUUGGAUCAUGGCUUAUUGGUCUUGACGUAAAACACAUUGAUGAGGGGAAGUUUUGCUGUUCAUCAUGGUCUUCAGGUUCUAUCUGUGCAGCAGUUUGAUUGACUGGUUCAAAUUCACUUGGAAAUGUGAAUCAAGAUGCCUGGUAUUUUCUGUUGAGGGUUCUAGAUCAGAGCCCGUCUCAGAUGUCUAGUGGAUGUCAAAGCAAAAUAUUCCAACUACCCCAAUCUGAAGAAGGGUCUACAUUU